CCCACGAUCUCUCCAUUCUAUUGGCACACUCCCAGAACAAACUCCUUCCCGUAUUCUCCUGUUCGCACGAAGCCCAGAACCUACCGCCCUAGUGCAGUUCGCAAGGCUCGUCUCCCUCAUUUCGCAGAGAGCUCCAGGCGAAACUCCCUGUUCACUCGUCUCCCUCCAUUUCGCACGACCCCAAGGCCGGCCGCACCUCUCUCUCAUCGACCUCCAACGCCGUCGCCUGCUGUUCGCAAGCCCUAGCCGAGAACCUUGCCGUCGCCUGCCCUAGCCGAGAGUUUUGGUAUACUCCUUGCUAAUUCUCCUUUUCCCCACCAUUCUCUCCUUCUUCAUUAUCAUCUUUGACCUUCAUCUCCAUUUAUCUUCUUCCUUUUCUCUGUUGGGUAAGAGAAGUAAUGAGGAUUACUUCUGUUUGGAAUUUUGAAAUCAAGAACCAUUGCUUGAGGUUUCUUUUAGUUUUUCUUUGCAUCAAGAUCAUAUUUGUGUAGAAAGAGUUUGGAAUCGUAAUUUUCUUAAAAAAAUGUUGAAACUGGGAAUCGACACAUGCAGAUUUUAUUAGGUUUCUCUCAUUAAGGUAAAUGAAAAUGCAGAAGCCUUUUUGAAAGAAAAUAAAGGCAAUGAUUUCAUACCUUUGUUCUCUAAGAUUUAAAAAAAGAUUGGUAAGAUGUAAUGUUGGAGUCAUCUUGCCAUUAAAAUUUGUUUUCAUGGAAUAAUAGUAUGGAGUGCUGAGAUUGAAUAUCUACAUUUUUGACUAAUCAUAAAAUAAUAGAAAAUGCUGAGCUUCUUUCUUUUGAGUUCAAAUUGCUUUGAAUGUCGUUCUAUAUUUUGUUUUAUAAAGAGAGAACAAGAAGCAAAAUGUUUGAUAUAGUUCAUUGCUCCAAAUGUAUAGCUUGUUGUUUGAGAUAUGUAUAAUACACUACAUUGGUUUGUUCAGUAAUUGUGAUAUGCAUGCUUAUUCAAGGAAUCAAUGACUCGUGAUAUAGUGUUGAUUUUCGUUUUAAGAUACCUUGUUUCAUGAGUACACUCAAAUGAUUUGGGCUACAUAUUCGACUUAUAAUUUCACUUGCUUUAUAUAUCACUCAUGAGUAGUUGUAGUUCCAAUAAAGAGUUACUUGCUUUGUGCUAGAGAGCUUUAUGUGUUGAAAGGUGAGAAUUAUAUGUAUUUUGAAAAGGUGGAAGUGUGUGAGUUUUGGAAAAGGAAGUGAAAGUGGAGUGUAUGUGUGGAAAUGUGAUUUGUGGUAGGGAGUGAGUGAGUUAGUUGUUUACUAGAAAAUGAAAGUGUUGAAAAACAAGUCCUCUUUCUUUCUCUACCCCUCUUCUAUCUCCCCUUUUACUCCCUCUUUCUCAUGCCUCUAAAUAAUAGAAAUUCUAAAUUCCCUAAAUCACCCCUACCCCAAGUGAAUGGAAAAAAAGAAGAAGAAGUGGGAAGUACAAGAUAAAAAAAAAUCCUCAGCCCUUUUAGAGAAUUUAGGUAAAUCAAUGAUAUGCUUGUUAUAUUAGGAUCAACAUUAAACUUGGGUGAUGAUGUUGUGUAUUUGGCAUUUAGCAUCAUUUGUUCUAUAAUAAAUUUAAACACAACAUUUGUGUAACUCUUACUAUCAUAAAAGAGCUUGCAAGCUUCGCUCAAGUUUAUAAUAGGUUUGAAUCUUUAAAAGGAAAACUAACAGUUAUGGUUCUUCGACAUUUUCCUUUGUCAUUUACCACUGGAUCUUGAGAAACAAAGAACAAGGGUAAUGACUCUAAAGGCAACCAGAAGAGGAACUUAUUACUUGAUAAUGGGUGUUGGAACCACAUGUGUGUUUUUCCACUUGUUCUUUUUCAAUAAAUAUUUCUCAAGUCAAAUCAAGGCACAAACUGCAGGGAAAUCUAUGACCAAGAACAUAGAAAGGCUUGCAAAAAUCAUGCCAAUGGUUGAACUAGGAAGCAAUAAAAGCGGUUUUGAUUUUUUGGGUUAUAAAUAUGACUGUUGUGAUAUGUAAAAUUCAUUAAUUAUUUUACAACAAUAUAUGUUUUCUCUUUGUUCUUAUGUGUUUGAAGAUGCAGAUUCUUUGAUUGCUUACAAGUUUUGAUGCCAACUUUGUAAGUAUAAUUCUUCUAUUCCUAGUAUGAGUUGUGGAUUUCUUAUUUGGUGAUCUCCAUCUUUGUUCCAUCAUCUAAACUAAUUUGUGAUUGUUUUGUUUGUGUGAUAGAGAUUUUAUCAUAUUCAUUACAACAUUGAUUUUUAUAUUCAUAUUGUGAAUUUAGAUCAUUGCAGAAUUUUAUAUUGGUUCUUAAAUUUAUUGUGGAAUUAUAGAUUUGGUGACUUUUUUAUAUUAUUAUUUGGAAUGGAUGAAAUGUAUUUUUUGUGGGCGCCAUUUAUAUUUUUCAGCUGGGCACUUCUACAGAGCCGGUGGGCACAACACACAUGGACCAAGCAUGGGUACCAGCACACAAAAACAUAUGAAUCAUUUGAGAAUACCUGAACUGCUUGUUGAUCUACAAGAUUAUGACUAUUCUCUUGACAUGUGGAGCCUUGGUUGCUUGUUUGCUAGAAUGAUAUUUCAUAAGGAGCCAUUUUUCUAUGUACAUGAUAACCAAGACCAGCUUGUUAAAAUUGCCAAGGUUUUACACUACUCAAAUCUUAAAGAUCUUUCUUUAAGUUUCAUUCAGAAAACAAAUUAUUCAACCAAUCUGGUUAACAUGAUGGAUUCUCUUGGGUGUGGGUGUCCAAGUUUAAGAAACAUUAAUAUUGCAUCAGUAGUUCUUUUCAAUGAUGUUGUACGUGCUUUGUCAGAUGCAAAUAUUAGGUAUGAGUUCACUCAUGUUUAGUUUGACUUGUUCUUUCAAUAAUUUUCUUGAAUUAAUGUGAA